UGAGUACUGAGAGCCUGUCCUCCAUGUUUUAUAAGUAUUGACAUAACACUGUGUUAACAAUGCAUCCACAGAGCUUGGCUGAAGAGGAAAUAAAGGCAGAGCAGGAGGUGGUGGAGGGGAUGGAUAUCUCCACUCGAUCCAAAGAUCCUGGCUCUGCUGAACGUGCAGCACAAAAAAGGAAGUUUCCCAGCCCUCCACAUUCCUCUAAUGGCCACUCUCCACAAGAUGCAUCAACAAGUCCUAUAAAAAAGAAAAAGAAACCUGGUCUAUUGAACAGUAACAAUAAAGAGCAGGAUGGACGGAAUGAUUUCUAUUGCUGGGUUUGUCAUCGGGAAGGCCAAGUCCUCUGCUGUGAGCUCUGUCCUCGGGUUUAUCAUGCUAAGUGUCUGAAACUGACGGCGGAACCAGAGGGGGAUUGGUUUUGCCCAGAAUGUGAGAAAAUCACAGUCGCAGAAUGCAUAGAAACACAGAGUAAAGCUAUGACAAUGCUCACCAUUGAACAGCUAUCAUAUUUACUGAAGUUUGCACUACAAAAAAUGAAACAGCCAGGGACAGAGCCAUUUCAAAAGCCAGUCUCACUGGAUCAACACCCAGAUUAUGCAGAAUAUAUCUUUCAUCCAAUGGACCUUUGUACAUUAGAGAAGAAUGUUAAGAAGAAAAUGUAUGGUUGCACUGAAGCAUUUUUGGCUGAUGCCAAAUGGAUUUUGCACAACUGCAUUAUUUACAAUGGGGGAAAUCACAAAUUGACACAAACAGCAAAAGUCAUCAUUAAAAUCUGUGAGCAUGAGAUGAAUGAAAUUGAAGUAUGUCCGGAAUGUUAUUUAGCUGCUUGCCAAAAAAGAGAUAAUUGGUUUUGUGAGCCUUGUAGCAAUCCCCAUCCUUUGGUCUGGGCUAAACUCAAAGGCUUUCCAUUCUGGCCUGCUAAAGCACUGAGGGAUAAAGAUGGGCAAGUUGAUGCCCGUUUCUUUGGCCAACAUGACAGGGCCUGGGUUCCAAUAAAUAAUUGCUACCUCAUGUCUAAAGAAAUUCCUUUUUCUGUGAAAAAGACUAAAAGCAUCUUCAAUAGUGCAAUGCAAGAAAUGGAGGUUUAUGUUGAUAACAUUCGUAGAAAAUUCGGAGUAUUUAAUUAUGCACCUUUCCGGACACCAUAUACUCCCAACAAUCAGUACCAAAUGUUACUGGACCCUGCAAACCCAACUGCUGGAACUGCAAAGACAGACAAACAAGAGAAAAUCAAACUGAACUUUGACAUGACAGCAUCACCCAAGAUUCUAAUGAGCAAGUCUAUGCUGAGCAGUAGUACUGGUCGUAGGAUUUCGUUGACAGAUAUGCCACGGUCACCAAUGAGUACAAACUCAUCAGUUCACACUGGAUCUGAUGUCGAACAGGACGCAGAGAAAAAAGCAACUUCCAGUCAUUUUAGUGCCAGUGAAGAAUCCAUGGAUUUUAUUGAGAAAAAUACAGCUUCUCCAGCACCAACAAGAACAGGUCAAGCAGGGAGCUUAUCAGGCAGCCCCAAACCUUUCUCUCCUCAAGCAUCAACACCUAUUUCUGCUAAGCAAGAAAGAACUUCCACUCCAGGAAGCAUUCUGAAUCUUAAUCUUGAUCGUAGCAAAGCUGAGAUGGAUCUGAAAGAGCUGAGUGAGUCCGUCCAGCAGCAGACCACUCCUGUGCAGCUCAUUUCACCAAAACGACAGAUACGGAGUCGGUUCCAGCUUAAUCUUGACAAGACCAUAGAGAGUUGUAAAGCACAACUUGGAAUAAAUGAAAUAUCUGAAGCUGUUUAUACUGCAGUAGAACACAGUGACUCUGAAGAUUCUGAAAAAUCUGACACCAGUGACAGUGAAUAUAGUGAUGAGGAUCAGAAAUCAAAGAAUGAUCAAGAAGAUGGAGAAGACAAGGAAGGUACAAGAAGUGACAAAGAAUCAUUGAGCUUGAAAAAAAAACCUAAGCCCCCAGCACAGAAUGAAGACAAAGAGGAACUUAAAAGCACAAGUCCAGAAGUGGAGAAAAUAGAUGACUCGGUAAAAGAAAAAGCAAUUGCAGACACUGAAAAAGAAUUUUCUGAAAAGGGAAAAGGUUUACAGCAUCCUGUAAAAGAGAAAUUGAAAGGUAAAGAUGAAACAGACUCUCCAACCGUGCACCUAGGACUGGACUCUGAUUCUGAGAGUGAGCUUGUCAUUGAUCUAGGAGAUGAUCAUUGCAGCCGUGAAGGAAGGAAAACUAAGAAAGAAUCUAAAGAACCUCCUCCUAAACAAGAUGUUGUAGGUAAAACACCACCUUCCUCCAGUGCAAGCACCCAACCUCUACCAGAAACUCCAGUACUUACCCGCUCUGCAGCCCAGACUCCACCAGCUGGUGUGACAGCAACUACCAGUGCUUCUUCUACUGUUAGUGCUCCAUCUGCAGCCACUGGAAGUCCUGUGAAAAAGCAGAGGCCUCUGCUACCUAAGGAAACUGCCCCUGCUGUGCAGCGUGUAGUGUGGAAUUCUUCAAAUAAGUUUCAGACAUCUUCUCAGAAAUGGCACAUGCAGAAGGUGCAGAGACAGCAGCAACAGCAGCAGAGUCAGCAGUCUCAGUCACAGCAACCUCAGUCCUCUCAAGGGACAAGAUACCAGACAAGACAAGCAGUUAAAGCUGUGCAGCAAAAAGAGAUCACCCAGAGCACCUCCACAUCCACUAUCACCUUGGUCACAAGUACUCAGCCUAUUUCUAUGGUUACCAGCUCUGGAUCCACAAGUACACUUUCUUCUUCAGUUAAUACAGACUUGCCAAUUGCAACAGCCUCAGCUGAUGUGGCUGCUGAUAUUGCUAAAUACACUAGCAAAAUGAUGGAUGCCAUCAAAGGAACAAUGACUGAAAUAUAUAAUGAUCUUUCAAAAAAUACUACUGGAAGUACAAUAGCUGAGAUUCGGCGUUUGAGGAUUGAGAUAGAAAAACUUCAGUGGUUACAUCAACAGGAGCUCUCUGAAAUGAAGCAUAACCUAGAACUGACAAUGGCUGAAAUGCGUCAGAGUCUAGAACAAGAACGAGAUCGUUUGAUUGCUGAGGUGAAGAAACAGCUGGAAUUAGAAAAGCAGCAAGCAGUGGAUGAAACUAAAAAGAAGCAGUGGUGUGCUAACUGCAAGAAAGAGGCCAUUUUUUAUUGCUGUUGGAAUACUAGCUAUUGUGACUAUCCCUGCCAACAAGCUCACUGGCCUGAGCAUAUGAAAUCUUGCACACAGUCAGCUACUGCAACACAGCAAGAAACAGAUACAGAAAUUAGCACAGAAACAUUAAAUAAAUCAUCCCAGCCCAGUUCAAGUGUGCAGCCUACACCCACAGAAACAGCCAGCACCCCUAAGGAAAAAGAAGGUUCAGCUGAUAAAAGCAAAGAGAGUGUUACAGACCCAUCAGUGUAGCCUCUGGUCUGGAUCUUUCGAUACAAGUUGCCUUCUGAUAAGCAAUACUGACUGCAGCACUUCCAAGCCCUUCUUGCCUGGGGGUUCAGAGGCCAAGCUCAAGACCUGCAUUCAAAUCAACUUCCUUAUCACAACAGACUGCCACUAGGGUACCACAAUGUUCCAUAACACUGAUACAACACUUCACCUGGAUCUACAGUUAACGGAGCAAUGUGCAGUUACGAAUUCCUCUGUAGCAUCUACUCUGAUAGUAUUCAGUAGGCAAGGAUGAGCAAAUGCUCUAAUAAAAGGGACUUAACAUUGCAUAUAUAGAAUAUGUUUAUAGAGAAGAUUCUGCUUAUAGGUAGGGCUUGACUAUUAGCAAUUUCAGCAUCGUUUUUCUUCUGCCCUUUACGAGAUUUAUUAAAUGAAAAAUUUUAUGGGGGGGGGGCUUAUCCUUCAAACCCUUACACAUGAUCCCCACAUUGGUAGGAGCCUUGUUGUAUUUUAAAAUAUUAAAAGCAAACUAAUUUUGUAGUAUUGUGAUUCCAGCAUGAUGUCUCAUUGAGAUAGUCCUAUAGAAUUUGGAAGCAUAGUAACUAGAGAGCUGUGUUCAUUUCUUGACACUUUUGCUACUGUCUGGUGUUAGAUCUCUGGGCUUGAUAUGUCAACUAAGGAAACUUGGGAAACAGAUUUGAAGAGGGGAAAAAGGAUGUGCUGUUCUACCUGAAUGCUUUAGGGAACUUAUUUAAACUCUGGCUCAGUCGAUGUUCACAUGCAUUAUUUGUGGCAGCACAACCUUUGUAUUAUGGGGGAAAUAAGGGAGGGGAGAAAAAUCAAUUAUCUAAAACUUUUGCCAGGGAAUACUCCAGUUACACAAAUCUGGAAUUCCUUUCAUAUAGAUGUCCUACUUGAAACAUCAUGCUGUAUACAUUGAUCAUGUUCAUAAUGGAAAUUGUUUUAUUUACAAAGAAAUAACCUGUGAAUUCAUUAAGAUGCAAAUUUUUAACACAAGCAAAACAUCCAACUUAAAUUUCAUAUUAUUAUAUUGGUAACAACUAGGUGGAAUUUAUAGAAAAGCUGAGACUUCUACUGAGGUUGCCUGUGCUGUCUCUGCAGAUAGCAACAGGUGAGGCAAGCAACCAGCCUAUAAAACUGGUCCAGGUACCGCAGACCACCACCUAUAUUCCAACAACUCAGCCCACAAUUGUAAGUACAAAAUCACAAUUUAAAGUCUGCAGUAGUACUGUUCCUGGCAUUAAAAUUGCUCAGUAUUUCUGGGGGGUUGUCUCCAUCUGCUGUUCUGUUGAGAUAUGAAUUCACUGGUAUAGUCUCAACUUGCAGUGCAAAAUGUCUUGUUUUGCUAUGCAACAUUCCACCCUUUCAUGUCAUCAUUCAUUAUUACAAGGAUUCAGAAAUUGUCAUGAAGUAUAGCAGAGGCACUGAGGACAGUCAGAUUUCCAUUUUUCAUUAUUAUGUUAAGUACUUGUCCAUUUCCUGUAUAUACUUGACCACAAUGUCAAUGUAAAUAUAUAGAAUUCAUUUUAAAUAUCUUUUAAAUAUCUUUUUGUCUAUGGUAUCCUAAAGAGAUUUAAUUAAUUCUGAGCUAUACUUGAUAUUCUCGUGACAUCUCAGUAACUAUGAAAGAAAAUAUGCAUUCAUCAGUAGCUUAUCUCCCAUGCAGUCUUGCACAUUCAUGUUAUGAAAUCAUGAGAAAUAGCAUUGCAAUCAGACCUGUUUUUUCCAUCAAAGACUUGAUCAAGGACACUUGCAUUCCCUGGUGUCAGUCACAGGUUAUAGGACAGAAGUGAGUUCAAUUUUUGUAUUUUAUGCACCACUGUAUCCCAUUCUUUCAACGGACUCUGUUCUGCAGUGCUCACUUCAGAGUCACCAUGGCAUCUGAGCUGACGUUCUUCUUGCUAAAAGGAAAUAAUGCUGAUGCUGCACUGGUCACUGAGCAGCACACUCUGCCACAGUGCUGGGUUCAACAGAGAAGCCCAUGCAUGGAGAACUGGUUUAUUUUCUGACUGGUUAGAGGGUUGAUAAUGGCUGUGUACCAAUUUAACAGUGUUGUGGGGCUGAACUCUGUCUUUCUCUCUCCUUAUGCACACACAUUUGACCCCCAGCCUCAGCUGCAGGAUACACGUGUGUGUGUCUAUGAAUGCACACACACACACACACACACACACAGAGUAUGUCACAGCCAUUAUAUUCCACACAGAUGUUACUGCUCUUGGUGGGGAUCAUGACUUUUCACAUUCCUAGUGGCAUUUUAAUGCAACUCAUUUUGUCUCAACUGAGAGCACUGUGCACCUUUGCAGCACUGGUCCUAAAUUGCUUGGACUGAAUUACCAUAACAAGGUUUUUUAUAGGUUUUAAAAUCAACUAGCAAGCAUCAAAGACGUUAGGCUCUUCUGUGAAUAGCUGAGAGGUUGUAAGAUCUUAAGGUGGUUUUGUGUAAUAUUCAGAAAGAUGGUGGUUACUUUCAUCGGUUUUCUGUAACACAAAGUGUUUUGAGUUAUGUAAAGCAUAAUUGGAAUGUCUGAAAGGUUUCAACCUUUAUUUGUGCAUGCUUAAAACUUUGUACACAUUUGCAUUAGUCUUGCACAGCUACAAACACCUCUGUAUUCUAAUGACUGCACGUGCAAUUUGAAUAAUUUUAAACCUUAGUGCAUGUUUAAUAUGUAUGCAAAAUGUACAUAUGUGUAAAACUGGCAGAGGUGGAAAAUUUACCUCUCAGGGAAUGAUCUUAACACAUUUAAGGAGUCUUGCACAUUCCAUAUCCCAAUCGCUGGAAGAACUGAAACUUAAUUUUUUUGUUUGUGUGUGUAUAUUUAAAAGGCAACUCUGGCAACCUAAAUUUCCCCACCUGUAGUACUACCUGAGGCUUACAGAAUGGCUUUCUUAGGGUUCAAUUGUGGACUUCGUUUCCCACUCUGAAUUUCUUCCUCUGAACAACUUAGUGUAUCUUUUGGAUACAAUUUCCACUGAACUCUUUAUGCACAUCUGAAAUCAUUGCAGGAUGGCACCAACCAUGAAUUUAUUUAGCAAGUUGGUUCCAUGUUUGUUUUUUUAUUCUUUCUGCAGUUAAAAAAAUGUGAAAAUAUCAGUUCCUGGUCUUUGCAUUCCAGGGAAUGGAAUAAGUAGGCUCCUGGAAGGCAUAGACUUUGUUGCAAAGAAACUGAUAUACACUCUAGGCUGUAAUCCAUCUCAGUAGGGGUACUCACCAUCCAUACUGAACACCAUUAAGACACUAAUGUGAUUUCUUAGAACAGUGUGGGGAAACAUUGGGCUUCAGUGAACUUGUAUCUCUUCUUCCAUGUUCUCUUUGGAAUGGCACUGUCCCACCGGUGGGAAGGUCUGUGCAUCCCUUUCAGAUUCCUCAAAAUCUCUUCCAAUUUCUUCCACAAAAUACUGAGAACUGAAAUGGAUGCAUUUGUUUGAUCACCAGUUAUGCAUCACUGGAACUGUAUGAAAACAUACUUGCAGUUUGUAUGGCACAGACACUUCAAGACUUUCUCACAUUUUUUGAGAAAGCUUAAGAGACAGACUUAAGAUUCAAUAAAUCAUUUUCCAGAUCUUCCAGAAUGAUGUGACCAUGACCAGAUUGUUUAACAUUCUUGUGCCUUUGUCUCUGCAUCUGUAGAAUCAAUUACCACCUAUAGAGAUGUCCUGAAACUUCAUUUGUCAAGAUUUAUAAAUCAUGAUCUGUAUGAUGGAAGUGAAAAGUUUAUUCUAUAUUAAUAUUUUUACAGGGUGUAUAAGGCAGUUCCCAGUAAUGCUUAUGUUUUUGUUACUGAUUGGUGCAAAAGCUAACUUAAUUUUUUGUUCAAGUAGUUGUUCUUUGUUCUCUUCUGUGUAGACUGAAUGCAUGGGAGAGUUCUUUUCUGGGGAAAAAGAUUUAAGUAAUGUGUAACAAGACUAUACUUAAAAACAAGGGUAUUUUUGUACUCCAGUUUGAUUUGUCAAAACUUUCAAGUGACAAAGGAUUUUCUUAGUCCUUUUUCUUCUUCCCAUGUAUUAGUUUGGGGAAAAUACAUAACUGGAAGUAGUAACUCUGAAAACUUUAUUCUCCAAGCACAGACAGAGUGUGUAUAGUACCUACAGGACCACCUAUCCCUGUAAUUAUAUAGCAGUAAUAAUAAUUUUAAAACCCUCUUGGCUAUAGGAAAGUAAAGCACUACUUUCUGCCCUGGAAUGAGGUAAUACUGCAGUAAUAAAGGUAUUAAUUCUUGUACAAAAUUGGAACUUGUUCUGGGUUUUCCCUGGAAAAUAAAUCUAUUUCUGUGGUCAUGUUUAUGUGACCUUUAACAUAACAAUAUGUUUCUCUUGGUUUUAAUCCACAGACCAUUCCUGUGGUGGUAAGUCCUUCUGCUGGGACAGUGGCAAUGAGAACUGGAGUUCAGUAUGUUCAGACCACAAUGCCAGUCCAAGUACGAAGAGUCUAACUGCUAACAAGAAGUCCAUACAAUUGUUGGAAUAAAAAUAUCCAAUAGAAAUGUGAAAAAUACACACAGUUCUUUGCAUUAACCUCAAAGGUUCAGACUUAAGCUUUGUAUAUGUGUACAAAGCAUUAACUACACUACAUUAAUGUAAAGCAUUAGCGCUGGCUUAGAAAAGCUGAGGAGAGGUAAGAUCCAUAUUAAAUCUAUGCUUCUUUUGUAAAUAGUGUACAAUUUGUGGAUGUCAUUAGAGUACCAUCUCCUUUUUAUAUUUGUAUUAACUUAUAAAGAGUGUUUGAAAUUGGAAAAGGAAGGUUUAAAACAGCCUUACCACAAGCUAACACUGAAAGCUGGUCUUGGGAAACUGCAGUAACGUAUCAGAUAAAAUCUAAGAAUCUGAACAACUUGAUUUGCAUUUGGAUUGAAAAAAAUUCUGCACUUUGAAACUCUUGUAGAAUUUCUUUGAGCAACCAAGUGAUGAAGGGUAUCUUUUUUCCAUUUAAUUGUAUUAGGCAAGCAAAUUAUGACAUUUCCAAUCUGCAGACCUGAAAUGCCUAAGAUUUAUAUUAUUUUUUUUUCCACAAUGACCAGACUGUUAACAUUUACAUUGUUUACAGGUUAAAAUUAAGUUAGAACUUCAUUCAGUCUAAUAUCAAAAAAGUUUGAAAGUGUAAUACCAGCUGGUUGUAGCAUGGUUUCUGAUCAGUGGUAUCAAAGAUUGAGAAAAGUAAAGUUUGUUCCUAUGCUUCACAGUUUUGUUUUCUUAAAAAAUCCUCCAAAAGGACUUUGAACAAGUAGGUAUGGAAAAAAAACAUGGAUCAGGAAACAUGAGCAAAGGACUUUUGAUGCUGGGCCAGAGCAUGUAUUAUUUAUAUGAUGGAGUUUAUGUUUUUAUGUAAGCAUGAAACAGUACAGUAUGAGAGAAAGUAACCCCUGAAAAUGCUGUCUGUUACACUUAUACUGUAGUACCAUUUUGUAUGUUGUGUAAAACGAAAGCAUUGAACAAAGCAAAGGUGAUGUAUGUAUAUGAGAAAAUUAAUUGUAUGAUAUCAUUCCAGUACAUUCUGUUGUACAUUUCAGUCAUGUUGAUUUCUCCCAUUGUUUAUAAAAAUGCGGUUUGUACAGUCUCCAGCUAGUACCCAUAUUAGAGGGAUAAGAAUAUUAGGAAAAAAAAAAGCAAGAACAGAAUAUUCGUGAAUUGCAGUUGUGUCAAAAAUAGCCUAGCUGGCCUUAUUUGUGGAGCAUAAUUGCUUUUAGCAUAUGGAAGUAUUUUUUCACAUUUUCUUUGUAUAAAAUUUGUAUUAAACUUAAAUAUCUUUUUUGACAAUUGUGUUUCUUUGUGACUAAAACAGGUGACACACACAAUAUGCUUUGGGUUUCUCCAGUUUUCCAAGGAACUUCACAAUUUUUUAAUUAAACUGUUUUAGAAAAA